CAUGGCUUGCAAAGGUUCAAUUUCUCGGUGUGGUAAAUCACCCAAAGCUGGUAAAGCUUCCAGGAUAUUGCUCUAUAAAUGGAGAAAGAGGGAUUCAACGGCUAUUGGUAUAUGAAUAUAUGCCUAAUAGAAGCUUAGAAGAUCAUCUUUUCAACAGGGCUUUGAACCCUCUUCCUUGGAUCACGAGGUUACAAAUAAUGCUUGGUGCUGCUCAAGGAUUGGCUUAUCUACAUGAGGAACUGGAAGUCCAGGUGAUAUAUCGAGAUUUCAAAUCCUCUAACGUGCUCUUAGAUGAGGACCUUAAGGCGAAGCUCUCAGACUUUGAGCUUGCUAGAGAAGUGUCAAAGGGUGACCGUACUCAUGUAUUGACAGCGGUAGUAGGGACAUAACUAACUGGCUGGCGCAUGAGCGCCUCAUCACCAAUUCACUACCGUCUUCCAAUCUCCCUUGGAUAUUGACUCACUGUGAUUACCUUUUUAAUUCUCACUGUAUUUCGUUCGACCAAUAACAAGUAAUUAACAACAUAAUAUACACUUAUUUUGUGAGCAUAAUUUGUGGGAAGGAGGGCAUUUAAUCUCCCCCAGGGCCUUUUUCUCUUGGCUCGAAGCUGCUGCUGAAGUUUAAUGAAAUGCUUUCUUAAUGAAUGAA